CAACUUGGAUGUUGGAUUGCUUUUUUGCUUUUAGUCGAAUGGCUGUGUUUUUAAUUGUGUGGAUUUUAUUGUGACGUGCGCGUAGAAAUGUGUCAUCAGAUAAUGGUUUCACUGAUUUUAAAAAGUUGCGUGCAUGUACCAAUACGUUUACGAUUUAGUGAUUAGACCGUUCAGUGAAGUGUGUGAGAUUAGUGAUCAGGCAUAUGUGCGUGAUACAGUUAUUUAUCCUGGAUUUUGACAUUGCCAAUAAACAGCUAUGAGCGAAGGCAGUACCUCCACAGCUGCAGGUCCUGUACUGGUCAGCAAUGGUACUACGACGAUGAAUAGCCUGGCAAGCUCGGGUACAAUUCCAACAUCCACCGUUGCCACGACAAUAGCCAGCCAUGUGGUCAUGCCCAUAUUUCUGCAGACCAAGGCAGCACAGGGCAUUGCUGGAGUGUUUGUGUGGAUUGCUCUCUUCCUUACUUGCCAACAGAUUUAUCAUCACCUGCGAUGGUACACAAACCCUGCAGAGCAGCGCUGGAUCAUACGUAUACUGUUCAUUGUACCCAUCUAUGCUUUCUACUCGUGGGUCAGCUUGCUUUUCUUCAACAGCGAGAGCUACUAUGUCUACUUCUUCACUGUCAGAGACUGUUACGAAGCCUUUGUUAUCUACAACUUUUUAAGUUUAUGCUACGAGUACCUGGGUGGAGAAGGCAACAUUAUGAGUGAAAUUCGUGGAAAACCAAUAAGGUCCAACUGCAUGUACGGCACGUGCUGCUUGGUGGGCAAGACCUACACCAUAGGCUUCCUGAGGUUCUGCAAGCAGGUCACCCUGCAGUUCUGCCUGGUGAAGCCCAUCAUGGCGUUCGUCAUCAUCUUCCUGCAGGCUUUUGGCCACUACCACGACGGUGACUGGAGUCCUGAUGGAGGGUACUUGUACACCACCAUCAUCUACAACAUCUCGGUGAGCCUGGCGCUGUACGGCCUGUUCCUGUUCUACUUCGCCACGCGCGAUCUGCUCACGCCGUUUGAGCCAGUCCUCAAGUUCUGCACAGUGAAGUCUGUCAUCUUUCUGUCCUUCUGGCAAGGCGUGCUGCUGGCAGUGCUGGAGAAGGCCGAGGUCAUCGACCCCAUAGUGGACAGCUCCGGGCAGCCGACCAGCGCGGGCACCGUGUCUGCCGGCUACCAAAACUUCCUCAUCUGCAUAGAGAUGUUCUUCGCGGCCGUCGCUCUGCGCUAUGCCUUUCCGUACCAGGUGUACGCGCAGGGCUGCAUCACGGACUCUCACGGCCGCAGCGUCACAAUGCAGAGCAUAUCCAGCAGCCUCAAGGAAACUAUUAACCCCAAAGACAUCAUGACUGAUGCCAUUCACAAUUUCCAUCCACAAUAUCAGCAGUAUACUCAGUACAGUUCAGAGCUCAAUACAAAUCAGCCUUAUGAGAAGCUUUGAGCAGUGAUGCCUUCUUGUUUUUUGUCUCACUUUGUGGCAGAGCAUGGCACCAUGCCAUCUGCAUGCGCUGAACACAUCCACACACAACACAAGUUCUUGAUACGAGUGCGUGUGGAUACUUCAGUCUGUCAACGAAUACAAAUUAGGUGCUGCAUGGACUCUGCAGCGACUGCCGAUUUUGUGCUUUUCAAGGAUUCACAGAUUUUACUUUAAGGGUUCACCACAGCUAGAGAGCAAUAUUUUGUACUUAAUAAACUGUAGUGGCUAAGUGUAAAAUUCCACUUUGACAGCAAUAUUUGUUGUAAGCAGUUAGUGAGCAGUUUGGCCUGGUAGACUAACUUUAUGAAGAUAUAAUCAUCACACACAGGAACUAUGUAUCUUAAUGAUUAUACUUUUUGGUUGAUAAAUCAAAACUAGAUCUACUAAAAUUUCAAUUUUUAUGUUUUGACAAAUGGAAAUUCUUUUAUCAAGUUAUAAUUACUUCACUGACUUGGAGGAGAGUAAAAAAAGGUAAACCAAAUAAUAUUUUCCUAGCCAGGGUACAUCCAUUCUUUUUAUUUAUGUUGGAAGACCAAUCUCAUUAAGUGGCAUACAAAAAUUACUUUUGAUGCAUUUCUAUUUAGAGUUAACAGACAUGUUAAAAUAACCAUUCUUGGCAAUGCCAGCGAGGUGCUGGCAUUAUGUACUAUCUUACACACAUCAGUCACAUCACUACUAUUGUCACAAGCCAAGGUUAAGUUAUGAAUAGGUUCUAGGGCGUGAGUAAACAGGUGUAAUAGACAUUUUCAUCCUUUCAGGACAGACGAACGUGUACUCCACUAGACUUGCACCCUUAAACCUUUCAUUCGUUUAUCUCUCGCGUGCUGCCUCUCUGACUUCACAAGCACAAAAUGUGCAAAUUUACUUAAAAGAGAAAAGUUUUUUGAAAUCUUGCAACAGUCACUUAAUAAAUUCCAUCUUCUUUUGUAUAUAUUUUAUUCCACUUCAGCACAGAGCAUGUGAAAGUGUUGUGUUGCACCAGGAGACGGUUAAACAAAAUCUCUCGUAUUAAUAAAUAAGUUAAGUGAAGUUUUAGUCAUUAUUGAUUUAUGAAGGGAAAAAAAUCACAAACAUGUGUAGCAUGGUAUAGCUCAGAAAGCUCUAUUUUCAACAUAAUAGUUUUUUUCCUUCUUCCUUAUAUAUAUAUAUAUAUAUAUAUAUAUAUAUAUAUAUAUAUAUAUAUAUAUUUUUUUUUUUUUUUUUUCUUGGAACAAUUUCAUAUUUAUUGUUUGUGUUCAAAACAACGAUACAAAUCAUUAAAAAAUUUUCUGCACAAAAGUUUUGGUUUACAAUAAGGACAAGGUAUAUUUUGUGAAAGCUGUAACAGGUGUUUUAUCAGUGUAUUAUGACUCACUUAAAUAUUUUCUUAUUUGAACUUUUACUUUUAUUUAACUUAUACAGUUAAAUACCAUACAUUAAUAUUAAUUGUAUAAGUUUAUAGAGAAACUUCAUACUAGAAGCAUAUAAUAAUUGGUUGAAGAAAUUGUAGUCAUAUAUUUACAGCAGCAUUAAUUUAUUUUUAAAAAAGUGUUUUUUUAUAUAUAUUAAUAAUUCAAAUCAGUAAACAUUGUAUUGUAUUUAGCAUAAUAAUUUUAGCAAAACAUUAGUUUUGUCUAGAUUGGUUUUCUCUUCCUUUUAGUUAUUUGAAGUCAUUUUUGUGUGACAUUGAUCAAAAAAAAAUUCUUAGGUGUUUUGCUAGUUUAUAAUAAAUGCAGCAGAUUAAUUAUAUUGUGAAACUACAAAAAAAAAAAAAAAUAGUUUUAUUUAUGAAUAUUAAGGGUGCUUUCAUAAUUUUUGAAUAGCAUUUAAUUUUUGUUAAAAAUUUGUAGUUAACUGCAGUUCAGUAAGCCAUAAAGUAAUACUAAUUAAUUUAAUAUUAUACUGUCAAAGAUUUUUUUGUAAAUGGUUAGGAAUUGCCUUUCAGUUUUUACUUAAUGCCAGAAACAGUGUAAAAUAAUUGUACAGUACAUGAAAUUGGCACCAUAACGAAAACAUGUAGCAUGAUUUAAAGCUAGUAAAUGUUGUAGUAAUUAUCUGUAUAAUAAUGAUCUCUGCUAAGUUUAAUUUACAUUCCUAAAUAGUUUUCUUACUAAAAAAACAUGUUAUAUAUAAGAUUAUCAUUUAUUUUUUCAUAUUUUAUACUGUAUAUUCAUCCUUUUUUUGUAUAAUAUUAUUAAAUUUUUUAUUUUUAGUUUGGAAAUGGUUUUGUUUAUAAUUGUUGUAUUCAAUAUACCUAGAGUUUUGUGUUUAAUUUCUUUGUUUGUAAAGGUUGAUGAAUUAAACUUUGUAUCAAUAUUUUGCAUAAAGCUCACAGUAAACAGCA